UUCAUACUGACUUUAGUCAUGAGGUGACUUAAAAACAAAAAUGUGUUUAAAACAAAAAUCCAAAUUUGGGGAAGGGUCAUUAUGUUUUACCUCUACAUGCUAAUGUUUCACUGUACCUUUUAAUUGUACUACCAAAAAGAGGUUGCCGUUGUGCCUGCUUAUCUGCAGCAUGUUUUACAAAAAGGUGUCUUUAGUAGUGGAUUGACAGUAACUAAACACUUGUUUUAGUUUUUGCUUGCUUCUGAACCAUUGCUUUCUCAGUAAUUUAAGCUACUCAAAAGGUGGUUAUCAGGGUUUGUUUGUUUGUUUUUUCUAACUACCUUUUUAAUACUUAAUGAAAGAUUCCAUAGCAAACCAGAGCCAAGAUUAAAACAUUUAAGUAUAAUUGUUCCUUGAUUAUUAUAGCUUUACAAGAUUUUUAAUUUCCCAAGAGGCAGUCUGUUUGGCCCAUCUUUGACUAUUUUAAUACCACUGUUAAUUAGUUCUGUUGGAAAACUGGAUGGUCAGUGAAGGAAGAGUUAAGUAAGAUGGGACAAGGGCAGUUACAGAAAUCAAUUAUAUUAAUAUAAUAUUAAUAUUACAUAUUGAUCAAUCAAAUAGGAAGACCUUCAGAGUUUAGUCAAAAGGAAGGCCAAAAUAGGUAUUUGGUGGGAGGAAAUUGAUGUGUUGGCACAGUAAUGCCCAGAAUAUUAAACAUGGGCUCUCAAGUUUUAUUGCAGUGUUAUUCAGAUCACUGUUGUGCAUAACCUUGAAAAAGUCGAUAUUACCUGAGCCUCAGUUACUUUACUUGUAAAAUGGGUAUAACUUAGCCAGCUGGUUUCUAAUUUGGUUUUUAUAUAAUAAUGUUAGGUAAAGCAUUUAGCAUAGUUUUACAUAAUCUUAUUUCAAAACUUUCCAGAUCUUAUUUUUAGGAUCACAGUAAUACUUCUUCUCAAUACUUUAGCAUGUCUGCUCUACAAUAAAUCUAACCAAGACAAUCAGUUGCAGUUAAAAAUGAUCCUAGAAUAUGUACUUUUUACCUAGAGUAUUCUUAGGGCUGCACCCAAGGCAUGUGGAGGUUCCCAGGUUAAGGGUUGAAUGGGAGCCAUAGCCGCAGGCCUACACCACAGCAAUGCGGGAUCCUUCAACCCACGGAGUGAGGCCAAGGAUUGAACCUGCAUCCUCAUGGAUACUAGUUGGGUUCUAAACCCGCUGAGCCACAACAGGAACUCCUUUAAUCUAGAAUUCUUAUUAAAGAUCUGAUGCAUAGCAAAAGCACCAUUCAUUGGUCUCUACUUAAUGUAGUCUUGUAUUCACAAGACUCUCUCACUUUUAAAAACUGCCUGUUAUAUAUCUGAAAAUCUUAAACUCUUCUCAGUGAUGUGCAAAACAAUGUUGUCUUAAAGGGACCUUUUUGUUUAUUCUACAUACUUAGUCUUACUGGUAAAGUCCUUGAAAUGGAUGACCCAUGCUGUUUCUAUUUUUGAGACACAAAACUGUCUUCUCAUCUAGGUGUUCCCUUAUAUUCCAUACCAUGUAUGGGUUUCUGGACUUCACUGUACCUUUCAUCAUAUUCAUUUAGUCUCUAGGGUACCAGUCCCUAGUCUGCUGAGCCAGUUUUACAGGCUCAGCCAAAAUGAGAAAAUGAAAUUAAGCAUAGUGAUGGACUGGCUUAAUCACUUGUGAAAGUUCUGUUUUUUUACUUCUUGCUCUUAACUAUUUCAGUUCUUGAUUUCAAACCUGGUGCCUGGCUCCCCGCCCCAUUUUCUUUUUCCCUUUUUUUAAAGGCUACAUUAAAUGAAUUUAGAAUCCCCGUAUUUUAGGAGAAAUUUAGUGGAAUACUCCUGUCUCUUGUUACUCAAAAACACCCACAGAAUCAUCUGAGAGCUUAUUAGAAAUGUGAAUGUUAAGUAGUUACCUUUGUGGCUUAACGGGUUAAGAACCUAUCUAGGAUCUAUGAGGAUUCAGUUUUGACUCCUGGCCUCUCACUGAAUUAAGGAUCCAGCAUUGCUCAGAGCUGUAGAUCAGAAUGGCUCAGAUCCUGCGUGGCUGUGGCUGUGUGAUAGGCAGCUGUUGCUCCAAUUCAACCCCCAGCCUAGAAACUUCCAUAUGCGCAGGUGUGGCCCUAAAGAGACAAAAAAAAAGAAAAAAAAAGAUGUCAAAUGUUAGGCUCUGUCCUAGAAUCUCAAUCAGAAUAUGUUUUAACUUCUCCAGCUAUUUUGCAUGCGUAUUAAUUUUUGAAAAGCACUGCUAUAGUCCAUCCUCUGGUUUUAUUUCUGAAAGGAAACAAAUGUUUUAAUUCUUGUGUUCAAAGGGCUCAGAAUUAGGACAAAAACCUGUGCUUUAGAUAUGUUUAAAAUUGGGGGAUACAAAAAAAUGUGAAGGUGGCAUGUGUGGGAUCUGCAAAUACAGCAGACCAUCGAGUUCUAAUGAGGGAAAUUUUGGUUUUGUUCUGAAGGCAAUGAUAAUUUAUUGAAUGCACUGUGCCAGACAUGGUUCCAAAUAUUUCACUCAAGUUAAUCAUAAUCAUCCCAUGUGGGUGCCAAUUUAUUAUCACCUCUUUAAGACAGAAGCACAAUAAAUCACAGCAAUUGCAGCCAGCUUUCAAAUCCUGGUAGUUAAGGGAGAAGAGGGAUUCCAGAAAGGAACAAUCAAUGCAGCAAUGACAAAUGGAGGUCAGGUUUGCUAAGAGCUUGAAAAAUCCCCACUGGAUUUGGCAACUGGAUCGAUCACUGGUUUAUUUAGUAAGUGCAAUUUUAACUGAAAGAUUAAGAUGGUUUUAGGAAAGGGGGUGAGGAAGAAUUGAAUCCACAUUUUUCUUAAAAGUGUGAAAGGAAGCGGAAACUCCAGGGUGAAGUGGGCAGUGGGACCUGGGUUUUAACUCUGGCUCUGCCAUUUCUCUGUGAUGUGAAAUCAGCUGUGCUAGAUUGUCCAAGGAAGCCUGUUUCCUCAUUAAGUAACAUGGGAUUAAUACCUACUUCAUAGGGUUGUUAAUAGGCUGAGAAGCUACAGCUAAGAGAUCAAAAAUGAAAAGGGUCCAUAAAGACAGUAAACAGUGGUCUGUGGUUUCACAGCUUCUUGUGUCUAGGGCUCACUUCUCAAAGUGACACCUAGAAUUUCCAUCUGGAGGAGUUUAGAAACAAUCUUAGAAAGUGGUUGCUAAGACUGAUUUUUGUCUUAGCAAGCAUGCUGAUUCCUUGCCUAGGGGUUAUUAGGGAAAAGGCCUUUGGAGAUCAUGGGACGCUUUAGCCCUUACAAGCCGCCUUUGCAAGGCUCCCUUGGCGCAGAUACUUAUCGAGGGCUCUCUGGCGACUCCAGAGCCCUCUGAAUUUUCUUAGGAGGCAUGUGUACGACGGCCUCGAACCAUUUCCUCGGACUCCACCCAUGUGCCUGCUUCCCCUCCCCCACCAGUGGAGCCAGGGUCUCCUGCGCAUGCUCGGGAGCAGGACAACCCAGGCGCCUCCAGGCAACCGAACGCCAGCCUCGGCCCAGGGAGCUAGGAGGCCGCCAUGGAGCAGCCAACCAUCACCGUGACCUCCACUGCCGUAAGGGAAGACCUGAGGCGUGGCCAUUGUGGUUCCUUAGCCUCGAAACCAACCCAGAAGACAUCAUCUUUGGAAAGAGAAGGAUGGUGGAGAAUAGCAUUAACAAACACUCCUAAUCCUGGCACUUACCACUUGAAAACCUUUAUUGAAGAAUCUCUAUUAAAUCCAGUGAUAGCAACCUACGGUUUUAAAAACGAAGGACGGGGAAAACCACCUCUCGUGCAAAGAAACGAUCCAGUACCAAAUGACCUUCCCCAGUACAUGCCUCCUGACUUCUUGGACUUGUUAAAGAAGCAAAUAGCCACUUACUCAUUUAAAGACAAACCGCGAUCAAGUCCCAGCACGCUGGUUUACAGAGAUCAGUCAGUUAAGCUUUCACCAGGGCAAUACGAUCUACUUCCUGCACCAGUUCCUAAGUACGCUUCCAGGAGCUUCAUAUUUCGUUCUACAGUUCAAAGAUUUCCAACAGGCUGCUUCACUCCUCGUGAAGGCCCGGGCCCAGGUCAUUAUGACUUGAAAAUACCUAUGGCGAGUUCUGUUACUUCUUGCUUUCAAUCCAGAGUACCUCGAUUCUUGCCUCCCUGUUCAAAAACCCCAGGCCCAGGAGCAUACACGUCUUCAGCACAGUUCCCCAGGCAGCCCCGGACCGUAGCCAAGAUGGGCCGAGAACACAGCCUUUUCUUCAACAACACAAUUGGCUUUUAAAAUAGAUCCUUCUUGGCCCUAAGUGAGUUUCCGUAAGUUCUUAUGUUUAGAAAACGCUUAUUUUGUCUAUUCUUUAGGAGGGUUUGACCACAGACCAUAAUCCUUUGCCCAAGAUGACCAUCCAGCCCGCUGAUCUGGAAUAGUCCCAGCAAAAUUUCCAGCUCGCUCUCAGACGUCUCUUGGUUUGAACAAUAAAUUAUAUGCUCACUCUG